CGAGUAUAAUGGAAUAUUUAUGUUCAAAAUCUGUGAUCAACCAAGCUUGAAGCGCACCAAUGACUUUUAUUGACAGCCCCCCCCCUCGGAAACAUAAAAAUAUUCGGCGAGCGUGCAAUGUGCAUGUUCGUCGAAGGGCCGUUAUUUAUAACAUGUCUUAUGUUGAAAUUUUGUUUGAUGAGUUAGAAUUUGGCGAGUGUAUAGGUUAUGGAUCAUUCGGUUCUGUGUUUAAAGCGUCGUGGAAAUCAAAAGAAAAAGUGGUAGCUGUGAAAAAAGUUCUGCGUUUGGAUAACGAGGCUGAUGUCUUAAGCUUGUUGAGCCACCGAAAUAUUAUCCAGUUUUAUGGAGUGGUGAACUCUUCUCCAAACUAUGGCAUUGUCACUGAAUAUGCUGAGUUGGGAUCAGUGUACAGUUAUUGCUCUGAAAACAAGAAGGAGUUACAAUUUGGACAAAUUGUCAAAUGGGCUAAUGACAUUGCAAAAGGCAUGAAUUAUCUUCAUUAUGAGGCCCCAUAUAAAAUAAUCCACAGGGAUUUGAAAUCUAAAAAUGUUGUCAUUUCUUUGGACAUGACUGGAAAGAUUUGUGACUUUGGUACAUCAAGAUUGGCUACAAAUACAACACAUAUGUCACUCAAUGGCACUUUUCCUUGGAUGGCCCCAGAGGUCAUUCAAAGUCUUCCAGUAUCUGAGCUGUGUGAUGUCUUUUCCUAUGGUGUGGUACUGUGGGAGAUGCUAACGCGAGAGAUUCCAUUCGAGGGAAUGGAAGGUGUACAGGUUGCUUUGCUUGUCGUCACGAAACAAAAGCGUCUUACAAUACCCAGUACUUGCCCGAGUCCCUUUUCUAAGCUAAUGCAACAAUGCUGGAAAACUGACCCAAAAGAACGACCAAGUUUCAAAGAAAUUCUUCCAUUAAUCGAAAAUAUGGAUUGUAAUGAGUCGUUAGAGGAGGAAACGAAUUCAUUUCUUCGUCAAAAAGAUGAAUGGAGGAAAGAAAUUGUUGUGACCGUGGAGAAACUUAGUCAACUGGAGAAGAAUUUAAAUCUUAAAGUGAAGGAACUGGAAGAGCGCGAGGAACGUGUCCUACAGCGCGAAAGAGAAUUAGAACAACAGUAUGUAGCAAAGGUUGUGAGUAAACAUGAUGUAAAUGCGUGGACUGAAGAUGAUGUUUUUUUAUGGGUCGAACACAUUGGAAUACAGGUCGGCAACAGAAAUAUAUCCGACUACGCUCAACUUUUCGUUGAUAACAAUAUCAAUGGCAAAAGGUUACUUGCAAUAACAAUCGACAUUCUUAAGGACCUGGGGAUACAAUCAUUGGGGCAUAGAUUGGAAAUUGUUGGUCAGAUAUCGAAAUUACAAAGUGAAAAUGAACUUAUGCUUCAUUUUCCACCAUUGACAAAGGAUGAAACAGCGAACGAGGAACGACGUCAGAAUAUGGUAACCUUGACAUUGUUAUUUGGAAAUCAUUGUCGAAUUGGCAGAACAGAACAGGACUGUAAAUGGAAAAUGUAUGCUGAUGUUGAUGUUGAUGGAGAUGGACCAUACAUUUCAUACAUUCGAGAUGUGACGUUCAAGUUCAAGUCACACGAAUCAAUUAUUUUUAAGAAUCCACCGUACGUUAUGGAGACUUGGCAGAAAUGUACAGAUGAACCUACAGUUUUUGUUGAAUGCAUCGUUAAUUACACAAAUGAUGUGAAGAAGCCAAGAUGUACAAAAUACGUCCAUGACGUUCAAAUUCAAGAAGGCGGUGCGACGUAUCAACGUAAAGCGGAGUUAACCUUAAAACAUUCUGUGGUUGGUUCUGUCUCUCCUGUAUCGCCUGCUCCUUCAAAUAGAUCUGAUAUGUCAUUUGACUCGUGGCCUAGCUAUCGCAGUACAUCAAGUGGGUCUGUUUCUAUACCAUUUCUCAGUGCAUGGGAACGAGGCAAUGCGAGUGAGAUUCUUUUCCAGUCUACCACUCCUUGCCGUCUUUCUACGACGUCCGUCAACAAAGGAGCCGCAAAUGUAGUACGCCGUGUAAGCACCCGCAGUAAAAAUAAGUCACCAAAAACAGGACAAUCGCCAUCGACAAAAGAAUGCAAAUCUUUUGACGUCACUCCAAAGAAAUCUCCUAAAGGUACAGUUAGCGCAAGUCCUGGUAGCAAUUCCUCAUUUGAUUGGACGGUAAUAAAACCGAAACGAAAAGAAAAUGCUUCCUUUUCGAGUGCCUCUCACCAAUGUGGUGGAGGAAAUUCGAAAGGUGGUUCUCAAAAAUCAAGGAAUAUAGGUGGGAACAGUCGGGGACGAGGUCAUGAUGGAAGAUAUGGUAGGAGUGUGAGUGAUAAUACUGGUAGUAAGCAAUCAAAGUGUAAAGAUUAUGAUUCUCACAGAAAGAUUUCAAGUGAAGGUCGACGAAGAUGAACUUAGUCGAGCUAUAAAAAAUAAUUGAUUUUAGGAAAUUAUAACAAAUAAUUUUUUAAUAUUCACAUGUACAGUAUUUGAUUGCACUUCUAAUGUUAUUUAAUAAAUGAUAAUUUUUACCUUA